GAAAGAGACGACGAAGCGAGGAGCGAGAGGAAGAUUAGAAAUAUUUUCAACGCAAGCGUACUUGCCUUCUAAAGCGGAUUACAAAUUACAAUGAGAUAUCGAUAAUUGUUCAAUUAUCAAAUUAUUUAUCAACAUUAUUCUUGUUCACUCGGACGGAUGAUAAUAUGAGCGGAAUUAUCCAGACAAUGAUUUUCAAUCAAGUGCGUGUCUUCUCGGUUCGACAGAUAUCGUAUGUCUAUAUCUUGGAAUGAGAAUUGAUCGAUGUAUCAGGAAUGCUACGACGACGAAAAUAAUUCGCGAGUGCAAAAACGGUAUUGUCUUUCGUUACUCGCGCGAAUCAUUCGUUAAAUUAAAAAUGUCGACAGAUCGUGACGAUGCACAGGGUGCAGAUUUAAAUAGAUUUUGCGAUAUGAAUGGCGGUUUCUCACGCGGAUAAUACAUGAAUCUUUUGUGAUGAUCGCGGUAUGAUCGGUACUAUAUUAAUUGAUAUCGAUCCUGUCUAUUCGAUGGAGCGUGUCGAGUGGUAUUGAGAAUGCAACCGCAACACGAGUCACGACGUGAAAUCAUUGCUGAUUGUUGCUACCAGCAAUGGCCGGCGCAUCAUUAUCACCAUCAUCAUCAUCAUCAUCAUCAGCACCAGCAUCUAUCCGCUGUACCAUCACCAAUGCAGCAAAUGGAAGCCUGUUUGCAGAGCGCCGGAAGAAUAAAGAGAUCUCGUAGUCCCAGUCUUUCGACGAAAAUUAUUUUGCCAGUCCACUUGGCAAAUUCGAUUUCCUCACCGGCCACAAUGGAAACGCGUAACGAUAGCAACAAUAAUAAUAGUCAUCACGGUGACCAUCAUCCGAAUGAGGACAGUGGCGGCGACGGCAGCGGCGGCGGCGGCGGCGGCGGUGGCGGUGGCGGCAGCGGCGGUUCAUCCGCGGAGGAAUCAGGCGCGAAACGACCGCUCCAUCCGGCGUUGGUCGGCGCCGGCGCCGCUCUGGAAGCGAAGCCCCUCUGGGAGGAAUUCCAUCAAUUGGGCACCGAAAUGAUCGUUACGAAAGCCGGACGGAGAAUGUUCCCCACGUUUCAGUGUCGACUGUUCGGCUUGGAUCCCAACACGGAAUAUCUGAUGGUGAUGGAUUUCGUCCCGUGUGACGACAAGAGAUAUCGAUACGCGUUUCACAGCAGCGCCUGGGUCGUAGCGGGUCGCGCCGAUCCCGUAUCGCCGCCCAGGAUCCACGUACAUCCCGACAGUCCCGCGAGCGGUGCUCAUUGGAUGAAACAGCCAAUUUCUUUCGACAAAUUGAAACUGACCAACAAUCAGCUUGACGAUAAUGGACACAUUAUCUUAAACUCGAUGCACCGUUACCAGCCGCGCUGCCACGUGAUAGUCGCUCCCUCGCCGCCGGGUUCGGCGCCGGAUCCUCGCACGGAAAACUUCAAGACGUUUUCCUUCCCGGAGACCAGAUUCACCGCGGUGACCGCGUACCAGAAUCAUCGGAUAACGCAGCUCAAGAUCGCUAGUAAUCCGUUCGCCAAAGGUUUUCGGGAUUGCGAAUCGGACGAGUGCGACGGCGUGGCGGCCGUCGGGGGGAUGCAGAGCCCCGCUAAAAGGCCGGCCACGGUGGUCGUCGGAAGUGCCGGAAGUGCCGCGGGUGCCGUGCUCCCGCCCGGUUACAAUCCAAUGCCGACGCCGAUGCAGAUCUCGGGGGUAUCCGCCGCUUCUCAGGAGCACCAUCAGUUUUACGGCGCAGCCGGCGCAGGUAACCAUUGGCCGCAUUAUCCGAGCCAUCAUGGCCAGUCGUCGGCGGCGCACGUCAACUCGGUCCAGGCUCAUUAUCCGACGCACCCGCAACAUCCGCAACAUCCGCAACAUCCGCAACAUCCGCAACAUCCACACUCGAGCGCACAGUCUCUCUAUGGAUCGCGGUAAUAAGAGACCAUCUCUCGUCUCUUUUUACCUAUUUAAUCAUCUUUGUUUCUCAAUGUAUUCGUUUUGUGUCGAUUGAGCGUAACACGGAUCGACGGAUUGAGCGUGCUUGAAAACACAAAUGAUGGAGAUGAUUCCAUGAAUGGAAGGGAAAUUCGCACUUCGCAUGUGUUUUUUCAUGUGUUUUUUCAUAGAAUCAUUUUGAUGGAUCGCGAGAAUCGACAUUUGUCUCUUACUGACUGACGCGUCAGUCAGAUCUUUUGCGACGACGUGAUCUUUCAGGACUUUGUCCUCGUCCUCCUUUAUCGCAUCCGAAAAACAAUGAGUUGUCAAAAGUUGAGUUAUAUUCAUAGUAUUUUCGCGGUCCACUAGUGUAUUUUUAUGAUUAAAAGAAUCGCUUCGCGUAAAGAAUUAUAAUAUUUAAAUUAAGAAACGAAGAUUUGUACGCGUGUACAAAUCUUACAUUUUCGUGUAUAACAACGGUUUAUGAAGUUUACGGUCUAUAAACUUAUUUAAUUGACGCAGAUGGUGAAGAUGGUGAAGAUGGUGCGUAAUUGUUGGAGAUGAUUAGUCUCGUUAUAAUUUCGUUAACUACCGAUGAUGCUUAAUAAUUAGUAUAAUUUGACCAAAAGUCGAGCCGAAUUGCUUGGACUCGAAUUGCGUUACCAAAGUUUCGAGUCCGAGUUAAGCGCAAUAAAACAACCGUGUUUCUAUCACGUGACGUACGAUGCGCGUGCAAGUGAGUACAUUUAGCCAUUUGGCAAUAUCUACUAUUGUCAUUUAGCUACGGACGAUAUAUACCGACAUAUUUUUGCAAAGUGCUCUAACGUGUAUAGAUUAAUAAACAGAUUCAGGUCAGAUUCAGAUUCGCAUUCAAGUCUGUAUGUGAUACAUAUAAAAAUGUGCGAUGCUAAAUUAUUACAAUGCGAAGAAAUACAAGAACAAUAACAAGAACAAAAUAUAAUAUAAAUCGAUAAUACACAACUCUCGAUAUAUACAAUUCUCAUUCGCGAAUUAACUUUGACUUUUUAAGUUUUGCCAAGUAUUGGAAUUAAUUCGUGCAUAAGAGACGAAUCGACCGAUCGAUGUCUCUGACAUGUCUUUCUCGCGGAAGACUGUGGGAGAAGUAAGUGCCUUUUGUAGGAGCAAAGUGCGUCUAUUUAUAUUGGUGUCUCAAAUGCCGAACGAGCCUAAAACGUUCUCGAGCCAAGACGGAAAAGUAAACGCGCCGUGACACUUGGUGAGAAUAAUGUGGCUACUAAGUGCCUUAAUAAAUUAUGCCGCCCGAGUAUCGCGUACCAUUGUGCCUUUAACUUUUUAAGAGUUCUCGUUCAGCACGAUAACGUUGGAAGGAUGUUUUACAGCGAGGAAUAAACAAUCAAAUAACGCAACAUA